AUGGUUCAAGCGCUACUGCAGUUGUGCUCUCAAGCGCGCCAAGGGCACACUUCCCUCUACCAGUACAGCGGCAUCUGCUAUGGUUUCUUGAAGUGGCAAACAGCAGCCAGCAAAAGCACCCGACUUUUACAGCUCGCGAGGUCCGUUGCUGACCCAUCCAACGUGAUUGACCGCAUGAAGCUUUCUCUCCUCUCUGACCCGACAUCCCGCGCGCCCGACCUCCAAGUCGUCUUUGGCGACGGGUACAUCGGCACGCGCGGCUACCCAGCAAACAUCACAUCCGGAUACGUGCACAUCAGCGGCGCCAACGCGUCCGCCAAACCCCUCAUCGACCCGCGCUACAUCAGCAACGCAUUCGACCUGGAAGCGACCAAAGAGGCAGCCAAAUACCUCCGCAAGAUGGGUACGUCGAGCCCGUUCAAAGAGCUCUGGGCCAAGGAGUACGAUCCCGGCUUCGACACGCAGACGGACGAGCAGUGGGAAGCAUACGUACGCGAGAAUGUGAGCACGUUCUACCAUCUGCUGGAGACGUGUGCUAUGCCGACGAAGGAGAAUGGAGGGGUCGUUGAUCCCGAGUUGAAGGUGUAUGGGGUGAGGAAUCUGCGGGUUGUGGAUGCGAGCGUGAUUCCGAUUAUGAGUAGUGCGAAUAUCCAGACGGCGGUGUAUGGGAUUGCGGAAAGAGCUGCAGAGAUCAUCGCUAAGAAGUACCGUUAG